AUGACCCCGGACCCAUCACCUCCCUCCCCCCGUCAUAAUAACAUCCUCCCCCCUUCCUCCCCCGAGUCCCCCCUGGCCGUCUUUGACGCAGCACCGUCACCAAUUCUUGCUGGCAGCGGUUCACGUUCACAGCUCGAACCUCGAUCCGAGCUCUCUGACGCCGUCGUCUCUGCCGCGCCCAACCCAUCUGCUUCUUCUCCUCGGCAAGCAGGCGCCUCCAGCUCUGCCAGCAACAACAUCGAGAUGGAGCCAAUUCCGGGCCAUCGGCGGCGGAAGAGCAGUCUCAUGAACCCCGUUGGUGGUCACAGCCACCCCGGCGUACCUUCUCCUGGCCGGCCGAGUUAUUCACAGAGCUCCCGCAACAACGGCCCUACGCCCGCCGCCCUGCCAGAGGGCUCAAACGAACACCUCCAUGUGCCCGGACGAGGUGCCGGAGAGUCGGGCUCCGCCGCCAGGGACGACCCGGGGGGAGAAAGCCUCAGUGACGAUGACCUCUGCGACGACGAGGAAAUGGGGUUGACGCGAAAGGACAAAACGCGCAGGCAAAAGAAACGGAGGAGGAAUACCCUGCUGGACAACCGGAUCGCGCGCGAGAAGCACCUUUCCGAUGACGAGUGCAAGGAAGCCGAUCGCAAUGUCGUCAAGAGCUUAUUCAUUAACGGGGCGUUGAUUCUGCUGUGGUAUUUCUUUUCGCUGUCCAUUUCCUUGUUUGCCUUGUCGGGCUUGGUCUUGACAUUCGUGCCUUCGCUACGGCCAAAGGCAGCCCACAGCUCUGACGGCGGCCGAUCCAGACACGAGUCCGAGCCGCAGGGAUCCGUCAUGUCCAAAAUGUUUUAUUUCACCCGUAUCGGCCCAUGUGGUGCCGCUACAAGUCUGGACAUCGGACUGGGUAACACGUCACUCAAGUUCAUAAGCUUGACCUUUUACACCAUGUGCAAGUCUUCAUCCCUCGCUUUCGUCCUUCUCUUUGCCUUUGUCUUCCGCCUCGAAACGCCGACUUGGCGCCUCGUCGCCAUUAUCGCAACCAUGACGUUUGGUGUCAUUCUCAUGGUCUUUGGGGAGGUGGAAUUCAAGUUCGGCGGCUUCUUCCUCGUCAUCUCCGCCGCAUUCUUUUCAGGGCUGCGGUGGGCCCUUACGCAGAUCCUGCUUCUGCGCAACCCAGCCACCUCCAACCCCUUCUCGAGCAUCUUCUUUCUAUCUCCCGUCAUGUUCAUCGUUCUUUUGUCCCUGGCUAUUCCCGUGGAAGGUUUCGGGCCGUUGUGGGAUGGCCUCAAGGCCCUGGGCGGGGAGUGGGGUGUCUGGACACCGCUCUUCUUAUUGUUCCCAGGUUCCAUUGCGUUCCUCAUGAUUGCGUCCGAAUUUGCGCUACUUCAACGAACAUCCGUCGUCACCUUGUCCAUCGCAGGUAUUUUCAAAGAAGUGGUGACCAUCUCCGCCGCGUCCGUUGUUUUUGACGACAAGCUCACGCCCAUCAAUUUCGUCGGUCUCCUCGUGACCAUGGCCGCUAUCGGCGCCUACAACUACGUCAAGAUCAGCAAGAUGCGCCAAGACGCGCAGAUUGAAGUCCACGAGCGCCACGCGGACGGCGCGCACCCAGUCACCCCAAUCAGUAACAGCGGCAGCGGCAGCGACGCGGACAAUGAUGACUCGGCCGCAGAGACUGCCGGUCUGCUGCGUCAGACUGACGGGCAGGAGCAGGGGAUCGUCACGGUGGAUAAUAAUGCGCAGCCCGGCCUGCCUCGGCCACCAAACGCGUAG